AUGAAGGUAGACAUCAGCGACUAUAACUGCCCCAAAAAGAACACGCUCAACAGCAAAGGUUACUGCUCCAAGCCAAUUCCAAAUGUACCUGGCAAGGAGGGGUGCUCAGCGUACUGUGAAAUACGCGUGACUUUGAAGUAUGGGCAAGAGAUGCCUAUGUCAGGAGGGGUCAUGUGGAAGUAUCAUAUUGAGACUGGAACAGAUAUAGAAAAGAGUAGGUAG